AUGGUCGCGAUCCCAUCCCUAUCCUAUAUGGUGCAGUGGGGUGGUGUAUUGCCACCAUAUCAUAAAUUCGGUGUUUUUGUUAUUUGUGGCUUCGAGUUGAUUUGCUCUUCGAUAAGUAUGGCUAUUGGUCAAAAAUAUUAUGAACUUUGUACUAUCCUAUUCCCGGUUGCUAUCAAAAUGUUCGACGAUACACAACAAAAGCAAAUCGAUGGUUUCUUUUGGACGGAUCGAGAACGAGAAAUUUUGCGAUUGCAUGAACAAAGGUUAUUAAUAUUGUGGAUAACGUCCACAAUUGCUGUGAUGUUAUCGAUGGUUUCAAUCGUUCCAUUUUUCUUCAAAUUCAGUAAGGAGAAACAUCCCGAACGGUUUUUUAGUCGUCGAACAGCUCAAUACCUAUGUGGUAUAUUAUUCAUUACAACUGUUAUCGUUAAUGGUAUCGUUAUACUAUGGCUUUACUUAACAGCACCUGCGGACAAUGUACUGUUUUAUUCGCUUUUCGAUGCAGCAGUCAAAGAGGAGAUUUUCUUGACCGAAAUCGAAAAGGGUUUAGAUUGCAUAUCGGAUGAUGAUAAAGAAUUACCAUCUUCAUCAGAUAUUAUGGCGAAGACAAUGAUGACGAUCAAGAGAGCUGUAACGGCUAUUCAAGAUCGAACGAUAUCACAUCCAUAA